AUCCGGUUCCGCUCCUCCCGCGGUGUUGACGCGUGUCAGUCUUAGGGGCGCGGGGAAGGCGGGUGACGUCGCGCGACGUCAGGCUCGGUAGAAGGGGGAGCGGGGCGCGCGGACGGGCGGAAUGGCGACGCGGUGCUGCAGCGCGAGAUGUUCGGCGGAACGGAAAGGGUUCCGACGCGAGCUCGACUCCUGGCGGCACAAACUCAUUCACUGCGUCGGGUUUGAGAGCAUACUGGAAGGAAUCUAUGGGCAAAGGCUGUUGCAAGAUCUCAGCAUAUUCGUCAAUUGUGAGCCCGAAGCGACUGCUGAUUGGUCGACAGAUGCGCACUGCUCCUUCUGUAACUUACAGCUCGAAAAAAUCAGUGACCGCUUGCCUGACUCGCCCCCCCAUGCCGAAACCCCUCCUCAGGGCAUCAACACCUCAGACACACUCCAGUGCCAAGCAGACCAAUUUCUGCAUGCAGUCUUACACAAGAAAGAAUUCCCUGAGAGCUGCGACCCCAUUAUUCCGUUGGCUGCGCAGGAGUUGAUGAGGAAGAUGAUUCGCCAGUUCGCCGUUGAAUAUGCGCAUAAAAUUCAAACAACCGAAAGCCAGAAUGCCGUCACACAAACCGAGCCGGAUGGACCACUGGACCUGACGCUCAGUCGCAGCACACAGAGUGCACAACAAGCAGACGGCGUUCUCGACCUCUCAAAGAAAAACGCACCGUCUCUGAACACGCUUGUGCAACAAAGACUAUCAGGCUGUUUGGUGACAAAGGAGGGAGAGAGCAAGACAAAGGAGAGGGAAGAAGGACAUGAGCAGAGAGGUACGGCGCUGGAGGAAGUCAUGAAAUCACUUUGUGCACACCACAGAGUCAUACUGUUGCACAUCCUGCAGGAAAUGACGUCGUUCCUGCCGAAGGACGAGGAUGUUCCGGUGGCAACGCAAAGAGACGUGCAUGGGACAGUCGGGACUCUGAGGAGCAAGCAUGGUGGUCACUGCUGUCACGCCGAUGAAUUGAUGAGUGUGUUGAAUAGCUGUGUAUCAAACGGGUAUGUGUGCUCAUGCAGACUUGGGGUGUGUGCAGUAAGUUCUGUGUGUCUAUGUAUGAAGAGUUGUAGUGGCUCCUCCUGUCGGAGCAUCAGGCUCGGCUGUGCCGGCUGCUGCGCUUGCUCUCGGGCACUGGUGUGCCAGCACACACACACCUGUGACAUCACACAAGUUGCAUAUACAGGUAGCAACACACACUCGGGCUGCCACAGUCCAUCCCCUCCCCCGCUGUCUCCUCCUCCGCUGUCCCCGAAACCACAGGACACCGAAAGCAGUGGUGAUCCGGACAUGCCCAUGUUGAACACACACACCCUGAAUACACAGCCUCCACCUCUCCUGCCUCACAACACACAUACCGAUCAAACACGGAUGCCCGAGAUGCAAGCCAAGCCUGAACACAUUAUAGACUUAAUGGACAAGUUCACCGACACACUGAUGGGGGUGUCGGAGCGAGAAUGGAGUGACAGUGGUGACAGUGUGAAAACUUGUGAUGACACACACCUGACUGAGAUUAUCACCACCGUCUUACACAGCAGUAGUGAGAAAGACUACAAUCUGAAGGAGCUCUUUGAGCAACACCUCGCCUCUGAGAAACGUACCCCACAAACGCGCUCUCAGAGGCGACAAGAAGUGAUGCAGGCCAUCAGCAGGUCACAUGACCAAGCCGCAACACGCAGGCAGAGCCUACAGAUCAAACGUGACCUUGCACGACUUGAACCCGACAUUUCUAGGAAGAAGAAGCGGAAGACACAACUGAUUACCCAUGGCACAUACAACAAGAUACCAGGUUCACCCAUCUCACAUGCUCAAAGCCUGGACAUGCCCAUCUUACACACUCAGCACCCAGACACGCUGAUCUCACAUGGUCAAAACCCAGAAACGCCCAUCCCACACACUCAGAGCCCAGACACACCCAUCUCACACGCUCAAAGCUCGGACACGCCCAUCUCACAUGCUCAGCACCCGGACACGCCGAUCCCACACACUCAGAGCCCAGACACACCCGUCCCACUCACUGAGAGCCCACAUGCUCAAAGCAUGGACACGCCCAUCUCUCACACUCAGCACCCAGACACGCCCAUCUCACAUGCUCAAUACCCAGACACGCCCAUCUCACAUGCUCAAUGCCCAGACACGCCCAUCUCACAUGCUCAAUGCCCAGACACGCCCAUCUCACAAGCUCAGUUUCCGGGCACACUCAACUUACACACUCAGAGCCCAGACAUGCUCAACUUACACACUCAGAGCCCAGACAUGCUCAACUUACACACUCAGAGCCCAGACACGCCCAUCUCACAUGCUCAGAGUCCAGACAUGCCCAUCUCACGCACUCAGAGCCCAGACACACACACUCAGAGCCUGAACAAACUCACUCCACAAACUCAGAGCCCAGACAUGCCCAUAUUUAUCUCAUGUUCCCAAAGCCUGGACAUGCCUCAAAACCUGGACACACCCAUCUCACAUUCUCAGAUCACAGACAUGCCCAUAUCAAACUCCCAGAGCAUGGACAUAUCCAUUUCACUCCCUCAAAGCCCAGGCACGCCCAUCUCAAACGCUCAAAGCUCAGACACGCCAAUCUCAAAUGCUCAGCACUCAGACGCGCCCAUUUCAAAUGUUCAACACCCUGAUAUACCUAUGUCGUACACUCAGAAUCCAGACACGCCAGUCUUAUGUGGUCAGAACACAAACACACCCAUCUCACAUGCUCAGAGCCCAGACAUGCCUAUAUCGCAUGUUCAGACCCCAGACAUGCCCAUUUUACAAGCUCAGACCACAGACACACCCAUCUUGCAUACUCAAAGCCCAGACACCACCAUCACUGAUGCUCAGAGCCCAGGAACACCCAGCUCGCACAAUUACAGCCCAGACUCGACCAUCUCAUACACUCAGAGCCCAGACACACCCAGCUUGCACACUUAUAACUCAGACACUACCAGCUCACACACUCAGAGCCCAGAAAUACCCAGCUUGCACAAUCAGAGCCCAGAGAAAUCCGAGGCUUGUGGCACUGUGAGGUCGCGGCGGAAUAUUGUCCGUCCUCAACACUUGUCGUCGUAUGUCACUGAGCCACGGAAGAUGUUUUAUGCUGCUUGUCGCUCUGUCAAAAAUAACAGCACUCCCACACAAGGCACUGGCAUGACUGAAUCCCCACCUAGUGCUGUGAUAGGACAACUAAAAACUCCACCUGUUUCACCUAACGACAGAAAAGCCUGUAAGCCUGAGACAAGUGCAGAGUCUCAUGCCGAACUUCAACUAAGAGUAAAGACACUCGGCUCUGAAGAAGUCACACGAUCCCUAAGUCCUGUCGUAACUGACUCAACAGUCACGGACUCAGAUGACGCUGAUGACCUUAAAUAUGCCAGUCCCAUAAAACUAAUGCUGGUGUCGACUAUUAAAGAUGAAGAUGGUGUUAAGUACACACUCAGAGCUGCACAAACACACAGUGAUGAAGAAUCGUUCGAUCCGUGUGUGGAGGCAUCAUGGGUACGUAAUGCACUCCAAGAGCAGACAACGGAUGAAACUGUUCAGAAAAUGAGCAACGAGUGCAGUGAAAAACUCUCUAGAGAAGAGUUUGCUAACACAGAGGGUCUGAGGGACUGCAUAAACAGCAUUAAUGAGGCUGAACCAACUAUUAAGAGGCGUCCUGGACGGCCCAAAAAGUUGAAAUCUCCAAUGGAGAAAGCAGUGAAGCGUCCAAUCGGACGACCAAGGAAAUGCAAACCAGUGGACAUAAAUGAGGCUCCCAGGGAGGACAACGAAAAGCAAAGAGCAGAAGAUGCACCAAGCGAGGAAGAUAAUAAUAAAAACCUGAAGAUCACUAUUACUUAUGGAAGGCGGAAAGCAUGGAGGAUGGUAAGUGAGGGACAAAUUCAUACAGAACAAAGCAAAGGCAGUAGAGCUUCAACACAAAGCAGCAAUGCUGACGAGCCUGCACAUUUCACACAGGCACAAGUCAGUAUGAAUAAAGAUCAGUUUAGCUUAGUAAUGCCUGUGGAGGACAGGAAAAGUCUCAUGCAUUCAAUCGUGUGUACAAAGCAGAGUGACAGUGCAGGGACGAGAAGACCAGGACGACCAGCUAAAGUCAAAAUCUCAGGGAUUUCUGUUACUGUUACCACGGUUUCGCCACAGCAGCGCAAAAUCCACAUUAAGCGAGAUGUGAGAGAACCAGCAAAACAUCAAAGGGCACUGCUUACUGACCUGGAAUCAAAUAAAGAGCAGGAGACAAUCACUGAGGAAGAGCAAGCCUCUAUUAGACACUCAGUCAGAGAAAGAAGACCUUCCGUCCAUCUGCUGCACUGUGUCGCUAUAUCACGCCCUAACACACCAACACCCAGAUCACGCAAACUGUUGCUGCACAAAUCUGAUGACGCACAGCAGGACGCACAACAGCAUAAACCUAAAGAUGCUAAUGACACUAUGACCAGGCCAAACACUUCUCCACAGAAUGCUGUCCAUUUCUCAGCAGCAUCAGUUGAGUCCCUCUUUGACGCAAAUCUGCAAUGGUGGCCAACGUCAGCAUCACCUGAGACCUUAAAGGAAGAGAUGAACAGGCGACUCAGGGUGAUGAAAGAGACAUGGGUUUCAGACACAUCAGAUGUAUUCACUACUUCAAGUUCAUCUGCAGACACAUCAGAUGUAUUCACUGCUUUAGGUUCAUCUGCAGACGCAUCAGAUGUAUUCACUGCUUCAGGUUCGUCUGCAGUGAGGAUGCUGUUUGAGAGAGAUUGCAGUAUGGAAACGCUUUGCUCCUGGUUCAUGCAGACGACUGAGACUCAGUCUCUCGCCAUCACAAAGAAGGCCAACAACCGAAAUCCGUGUGAGGUUUUCCAGUACAGCUCGGCCCAGGCGAAUGAUAGGCCAAAUGUUUGCUCGAGUCCGCAGGCAGAGCGGCUUAGGAAAUGCAUUAAGAAAUUUGCUACAGUUGUCCCUAAAAGUCCAUCAAAGCUCUUGCGAACACAAGCAAAAGUCACUGGCACACAAAACUGUUUGACCAAGCAACAUGUUUUGAAUACAACACUGAACAAUACUGAAAAAUUACAGCAAAAUGGUACGUGGCACCUUUAUAAAACAGCGCUCGAUCGAGCAAGAUCGCGAUUUAAAUCCAGGACCAAGAAUACAGACGUGGACUUUAAAAGCCUUAACGAGCAGGUGGAUAGUGGAAUUCAGCCUAUGAGUGUGUCUGAACACUGUCUACUGAACACACUGCAGACAGAGUCUCACAGGACAUCAACUCAGCAAAAGCAGAUCACUGCUAAUGCCUGGAGUGCACACACACUGAGGGAGUGCAAAGUGUUUCUAAGGAAGCUCAAUUCUGCUAACACACGGUCAAUGUCUGAGGAGUCUAACGACUGUUCGGUGAGGUUCAGCGUAUCACCGGCUGGAAAUGGUUCAGUACAAAAUCGGGAGCAAGGGGUCAGAAAGAGCAUUAAACUGGAGAAGACAAGUAACUUGGGCACAUCCACACGGCAACAGAGUAAGGUAAAUAGGAAGCGCAGACACUCCUGCACAAGUGUGUCACCCCCAUCACCUAAACAGCAACGCAGCAGCAGAGGAGUGAUGGCAGCCAAGUGGUCCGACUUUAUACUCGGUCCGGCCAGAUAGCAACGUUGCACCCUCACACACUCCCUCACAUGGUGCCUUUGAAAACGAUGACCCAGGGAAACAAGUGUUACGACACACAUACAAAACCUGGGAAGCAUCAUGUAGCAACCGACUUUAUGAAACUUGCACUAUUUUACUGCAUUAUUUCAUUUUCUCUUUACAUGAGAUGCUGUGUUGGAAUUUUUUUAUUUUUUUUUGGUUGUGUUUAUAAUGUUUGUUUAGGAGCGAGUGCACUCAAUAUGAUCUAUAAACAUAUGGAAACGAGUUCGAGCCAUCUCACUAUUCAUUCUGUUUAUCAUUUUAAAACAGUUUAAAAUUUAAUAAACUGCACUCUCAGAAAGAAAUCUGCAUUGAGCAAUCUUUCAGAACGAAACGAUAUUUAAUUUUCAUAUUGCACUUACCUUUAAUUUUAUUAUAGAAAAUUUGAUUGUAAGCAUGGUUUUCCAGUUCCAUGUCCUUCAGGCUUUAUUCUUUGACAAAAGCACACCCUCAAAAAUAAUAAGGGCCCUUAGACCACCUUGUGCUGCUUUCUGAAUAGAAGAAACUUUAUUUUUUUCCCCAAACAUGCUGCCUGCUAAGAGUGAAAUGCAGAGGGAGGAUCGUCAAAGAUCCAAAGCAACAACUGUUCCAUGGUGUGCGAACGUUGUGCAACGAUGUGAAUCACUGAGCUCAAAAUUAUUUGAAUCUGAUUUUCAGGGAACAUGUCAAAUCUUCGGUUGAGUCAUGAUUAGAUUAGAUUCUUUGUCUGAACACUAAUAAGCUCAGAUUGGAUUGGGGAGCUUUAACAUAAUUGUGGAAAAAUACAGAAUUGAAGCAGCUGAUGCAUCUUCACCAAUAAAGUUUUAUACUCUCUGUAUUUGAUAUAUUGUACAAGUGAUCAUCAGUACAUGCUUAAAUAUAUAUUCGGUAUAUAUAUAUAUAUAUAUAUAUCAUUGAGUCAUGUUGGAUUCUGAUGACAAAAUAUACCAGUGAUCUUUUGUGUCUGUGUGUGUGUUAGACUCUUUAAGCAUUAAUACAUGCAUUUGGUGCUGCACGACAAGUAGCUAAACGUUACCUUCAUCUUUUUAUAUACAUACAAACGUACACGUACGCACACGGAAACGGCGCCGCAGUGGCGAGUCUGUCCAUCAGUCUGUCACGGUGCCUCUGAAUUUCAGAUUUCAAGGCAGGCAGCAUAUCCUGUGGGUGGAAGUACAUGCAUCCUGUCGAAAUUAAAUUUUAAUUAAUCUCGAGGAUUGCGCAUACAAAAGUUAAAGUCCAUAUGGAAAAAUGUAAACACUGCUAAUAAAAACUUAAACAUUGUCAUGCGAGUCUGAAAUUAGAAUAGGUCCAAACUUUUCCAUCCCAUAUUGAAGUUUUUUUGUGUGCACGGCUUCUACCACCUCGGUUUUACUGCUAAAAAUGCUAAAGUUUGGAAUGUUAAAAGUACUUUCAGUUCUCCAUUUUCUCAGCAUUAUAACUAUAUGCUCACACCUACGUUUAAAGUACACCAGGGUUUCACCACUUAAUCUAUCCACUGCCUCUGUAUGGUCGUCUUAUUUCCAGACAGGAAUUUCUCCGCACUGAGAAAACGUCGGUUGUUGAAUUCUGUCAGUAAUCUUUUAAUAUGUUGUUCCUUGUUGUUAUAGAGUUACAUUUUUUAAUCUAACAAUAUUGAGGAUGAGGCAGAUAUGAGUAAACAAUGCAAAACCGUUCUUAGAGUUUCGCCCAAAUUUCAGGAGCAAUACGGUACAAAAGUUCUGCUUGCUUGUGCUUUUGUAUUCUCCGAAGAACACAGAAGAUGAUCAGAAAUCGGUAUUCCGUUUCUCAAAGGCCGUUCUCACUCAUAGAUGAAACGACUUGAUCCUGUAAAUCUGUCCGAGUUCAUCGUUUAAAAGCAGAGGGAUCCCUUUGAUCUUUAUGAACUGCACUAGUUUAUCUCCUCUGUCCUCUUUUAGUGCACUAGUGUGUGUUAAACGCCUUUAAAUAAAUGUGCGAGUGUGUUUUUAUGGCUUAUGCGUCGGUCUGUGAGCGUUAAAACAGCGGUGGGAUUUCCUUCUUUGUAGCUGUACGGUUGUGUUGGUGUUCUCGUAAAAAUAUCGUUUUGGAGUUUGUUGUUAUUUGUUUGGUUUUUUUUUUAGAAGAGCAUUAGUUACAGUGAGAGCUGAAAGUAUCCACAUGGUGCUAAACACUGUACAGAGAUAUAAAUAUACACACUUUAUCUUUUCUAAUGUGAUUUGAACAAGUAACAGAAUGUCCUGUCACUAGACCAAUAAAAGGUGCUUCUUUAAAAAAAAAAA